AUGUCUCGUUUAGAAGCUAAAAAGCCAUCCCUGUGUAAAAGUGAACCGCUGACAAGUGAGAGAGUCAGGACCACGCUUUCUGCCUUGAAAGGCAUCGUAGCCUCGUGCUAUGGCCCUUCGGGUAGACUGAAGCAGCUGCACAACGGCCUUGGUGGCUCUGUGUGCACCACCUCCCAGUCGUCCACUCUGCUCGCUAACCUUUCCGUCUCUCACCCCAUCUUAAAGAUCCUGACAACUUCUGUGCAAAACCAUGUGUCCUGCUUCAGUGACUGUGGCCUAUUCGCAGCCAUUCUCUGCUGCAACCUGAUUGAAAAUGUUCAGAGAUUAGGCUUGACACCCGCCACUGCCAUUAAAUUAAAUAAGCAUCUUUUGAGCCUCUGCACCAGUUACCUCAAGUCGGAGAUCUGUGGUUGUCGAAUCCCAGUGGACUUUAGUAGUACUCAGAUCCUUCUCUGUCUGGUACGCAGUGUAUUAACGAGUAAACCUGCCUGCAUGCUCACCAGAAAGGAAGUAGACCACAUCAGUACUCUGAUUCUGAGAGCCUUUUUGCUUACAAUCCCAGAAAACGCUGGAGACCACAUCAUUUUAGGAAAUAGUAUAAUUGUUCCUUUAAAAGGUCAAAGAGUUGUAGACUCGACUGUGUUACCUGGAAUACUUAUUGAAAUGCCAGAAGUUCGAUUGAUGAAGAUACUGCCUGUCAAAAAGUCAGAUUCCCUCAAGGUGGCCCUCUUUCGCGUGUCUUUAUCUGGAGACCUUUCCGAUACUGGAGAAGGAAGUGUGGUGGUCAAUUUCGGGGUUUCUCUUGAAAAUGCAGUUCUAGACCAGUUACUUAACCUAGGAAGGCAGCUAGUUAGUGAUCACGUAAAUCUUGUCUUGUGCCAAAAAGUUAUCCACCCAUCUCUGAAGCAGUUUCUCGGUGAGCAUCGUGUUCUUGCCAUAGACAGAGUUGGAGCGGCUCUGAUGGAACCCCUAAGUAAAGUGACAGGAACACAUCCUAUUGGUUCCCUUGGCUCAGUCUCUCCUAGUAGUUAUGGAAGUGUGAAAGAUCUGUGCACUGAAAAAUUUGGCUUCAAAUGGUUUUUUCAUCUUAUUCCUAAUGAAGCAACUGUCUGCAGCUUGCUUCUCUGCAACAGAAAUGGCACUGCCUGGGAUGAGUUGAAGCUCACAUGUCAAACAGCACUGCAUGUUUUGCAGUUAACAAUCAAGGAACCGUGUGUCUUGUUGGGAGGUGGCUGUACUGAAACUCACUUGGCAGCAUAUAUCAGACACAAGACUUUUAAUGAUCCAGAAAGCAUUCUUAAAGAUUGUGGAUGUACUCCAACAGAACUUCAACUAAUUGCUGAAGCAUUUUGCAGUGCACUAGAAUCUCUCACUGGCUCUUUAGAACAUGAUGGAGGUGAAAUUCUCACUGACAUGAAGUAUGGACACUUUUGGUCCGUUCAGGCAGAUUCUCCCUCAGUUGGUAACUGGCCAGAUUUGCUUACAAGAUGUGGCUGCGGAUUAUACAAUAGCCGGGAAGAACUCAGCUGGUCUUUCUUAAAGACUGCUCGGCAUCCUUUUGCACCACUACCUUGCCUUCCCCAUGAAGCUGUGGGCUCAGCCAAUAACCUGACCUUGGACUGUUUCACUGCUAAGCUCAGUGGCCUACAAGUGGCUGUGGAGACAGCCAAUUUGAUUUUGGAUCUUUCAUAUGUCAUUGAAGAUAAAAACUGA